AUGCCUGUCAACCUUCGAACAAACAAUAACUCAAUCUCAGAUGAGCCCUUAAGCUCGGUGGCAGAUAGUCGUCGUCCCUCUGGUGUUAUAUCCAACAUGGCAGCUUCUCCAGAUAGACAAGCUGCAGACGCUGUGGCUCGGCACUUGGCAAAGCCAUCUGAUGGUAGCGGACCAGAUUCGUUCAAUCCACUACAAAUGCAAGGUGGUGAUAUCGCUAGAGAUCUGUAUCGCUGGCAAGAUCAAACUCAAGAAGUGCUGUCAGAUGCGCAAUCUGGGCGUGUGGAAAUGCCCAGACACAGACGGUCUGUUAGUUUUUCCGGCAGUGUCAUCUCUCAUGGGUCUGUACCGAACACAGAAAUGUCAGCGGAUCAGAUCAGAGCACCCCAAGGCUUCAGAAGAAGCUUUUUGGUCCAAAAGAGCCUUCAAGAAAACGGCGGCGUGCCCAUUUUUGCUGCUCGCAAUUUCUACGAGUUUUUAACGCUUUACGGCCAUUUUGCCGGUCUUGAUCUAAGUGAGGAUGAAGACGAAGACUCAGAUCAUGAACGAGACCAAGUAGAAGACGAAGAAACGGCUCUUGUGGGAACCAGCUCCGCUAAGAGACGUGCAGUUUUGCGCGCCGCUCGUCGUGAGUCAAACAAGUCGUCCACUUUCAAAGCUGUUCUAUUACUUUUAAAAGCAUUUGUGGGAACAGGAGUUCUUUUUUUACCUAGGGCCUUUCACAACGGUGGGUGGGCAUUUUCUAGCAUUUCACUGCUUGUGUGCGGCGCAUUAUCUUACUAUUGCUUCCUUCUAUUGAUCAACGCAAAGGACAAGCAAAAAGUGAGCGGUUAUGGUGACCUGGGACGCACCACAUUUGGUCCCUCGAUGGAAAUCGCAAUUUUGGUCUCUAUCGUUCUGUCGCAAAUCGGGUUCGUGGCCGCUUACGCCGUUUUCACCGCUACCAACCUGCAGGCAUUUUUCGCGAACGUGUUUCAAAAAGAGUACUCGAUGCCGUUCUGGCUUCUUGUCCAAUUUUUCUUCUAUCUUCCUUUAUCUUUGACCAGAAAUAUUGCCACAUUGAGUGGUACAGCUUUGCUGGCCGACUUGUUCAUUUUAUUCGGGAUGGUGUACGUGUAUUAUUAUUCUGGACAGUAUGUGGCUAGACACGGUAUAGCAUCGGAUUCUAUGCUAGUAUUCAAUAAGGACAAUUGGACUCUUUUCAUCGGAACAGCUAUCUUCACCUACGAAGGCAUUGGGCUCUUAAUACCCAUCCAGGAAUCUAUGAAGCGACCCGAGCAAUUCAAUAAGUGCCUCUUGGGUGUCAUGAUAUUUGUGGCCGUGGCACUUGUUUCCUGUGGGUUGGAAUCUUAUGCUGCUUUCGGAGACAAGGUGGAAACUGUUAUAUUACUAAAUUUUCCUCGCGAUUCAUCAAUGACAGCUGCUGUUCAGCUUCUCUACGCUUUGGCGAUUAUGUUGUCGACACCGCUUCAAUUAUUUCCAACGAUAAGAAUUUUGGAGACCACAAUCUUCCCAAAGCAUGCUUCUGGAAAGCACAACCCGCGCGUGAAGUGGCUAAAGAAUUAUUUUCGUCUGGUCAUCCUCUCGGCUAACAUGCUGAUCGCUUGGGUAGGAGCCAACAACCUUGACAAAUUUGUAUCAAUUGUGGGGAGCUUCGCUUGUGUUCCUUUGAUUUACAUCUAUCCGCCUAUGCUGCAUUACAAGAGUUUUGCCAAUGGUGGUGCAUCAAAGAUGUCUCUCAUUGCAGAUGGUGCAAUAACGGUGUUCGGGGUUGUAGUGAUGAUUUAUACUACACUCCAGGCUUUACUCUGA